AUGGAAGAGGCGCCCCGCUACCGGCUCGUACUACCGGGCGACCGGAUACCUUACCCCGUACAAGUGGACGUCUUUGAAACAAUGUUGCGCGGAUUCGGAGAAAAAGCCAACGUCAUGAUAGAAGCUCCUACCGGAUCGGGCAAGACAAUGGCCAUGCUCGGAGCCGUUUGCGAAUGGAUAACGACACGACCCAGCGGCAAAAUCUACCUCUGCUCUAGAACGCACCAACAGCUCGACCAAAUGGUAGCGGUGGCCAAGGCGUUCAUCGGAGACGCCGCGCACAUUUCUCGUCUCGUCGGCAAGGACCGAGUCUGCCUCUUGGAACGGGAAGUCCACAGCGGUAACGUGCCCCAACUCUGCAGUCAACACAGGGCCUCGUCGACGUGCCGAUUCUACCGCAAUUGGAAAGAGCAGCAUGGACCAGAGACGCGUUUGCCCGACGUUAGGGACAUCGAGGACUUGAUCCUCGACGAGGCGCACAACAUUGAAACGUUUUGUAGAGACGCCAUGUCCCUAGGCUUUGCAAUGUUUGUCGUCCAGGGUCGCGAGUCGCCAGAACUCAGGAUGACCUGCAUGGACUCGAGUUACGCCAUGAAGUCUGUGUCGUCGUGCACGCACUCUAUCGUCCUGGCCUCGGGGACUCUGAGUCCGAUGUCGUCGUACGAAAAGGAAUUGGGCGUCUUCUUUACUCACAAGGUGUCCGCCAAGGAACACGUCGUGUCCAAGCGUCACGUCUUUGUCCGUAGGAUCUCGCAUUCGCUCAAGGGUGACAAAGAGUUUUACAUGAAUUACAGCGCAUGCCAGAACGAAGAGCUACUCAAGGCCGUAGGUUCCGUCGUCUACGAGUCGACCAAGAUCCUGAAGAAAAAUGUCGGCGAAACAAAGGCUGGCGUCCUGUGCUUCUUCCCUUCUUACAAGCUACUUCAGACCUGUCCAGACGUGUGGCGCAAAGUGCCUCUAUGGCCCAAGUUGGUCAAGGUGGUCGGCGGGCAUCUGUUUCUGGAAGAUUCUGAAAACUCGGACCUCUUGUUCGAUAGGUACAAGACUGCGUUGAUUGACGGAGAGCCCGGCACGGUGGCCCUGUUUCUAGUCGUGCACAGAGGCAAAAUGAGCGAAGGCGUCGACUUCUCCGAUUCGCUGGCUCGACUCGUCGUAACCGUGGGGUUACCCUAUCCGUCGUAUCACAGUCCGGACGUAAAGGUCAAGGUCGAGUUUAACCGCAGCAGGGGCGGAGACGGGGACGAAUGGUAUAAAACGCAGGCGAUGCGAGCGGUUAACCAGUCCGUGGGACGCUGCGUACGUCACGUGAACGACUGGGGGGCCGUCCUAUUGCUCGACAGUAGGUAUUUUAGACCCGACGUUUGGAGCGAUUUAUCGCAUUGGGUCCAGGUCUGCGAAGACGAGUCGUCCACCUUCAAAGACACGAAGAAAUCUUUGCUCGAGAUAAACUCGUUUUUGAACGGUCGUCUAUGAAAAUGCACAUCCUCAGUUUGCACACGUAUCUGCGCGAACACAGAUACACGGCUAGCCGACAGGGCUACGCUUACUGGUAUUGCACGAUUCGCGACGCUACUAUUGCUCCUACACCAGCUGCU